GAUGAAUGCACCCUUUUACAAUGAGAAAAAACAUUUUAAAAAUACAAUUGUGCAGUUCUUUUGAAUCUGUGCAACUUUUCAACAUAGUGCCCAUUUUUUCUGACUUCUCUCUCUUUUAAAUAUCUCUGUCUUCUUUUAUUCUCAUCUGAAUACUUCAGAUUCUUUCCCCGGUUCUUGAUUCGGUAUGUAAUUUUCUCCGGUUUGCUUAUCAGACUUCUCACUCGUUAAUCAUUUCCCGGGAAAUCGUGUGUAUUAUUAUUUUUGAACUUUUCGGAGUGAUUUUUUCAAAAGGAUCUUGCGUUUUCAAUAUCAACCUCACGUCUUUUGUUUGUUUGUUAGCACAUAAGAUUAAUUUUGUUUUGGUGUGUAUGUGUGUGUGAUGUGUUGCAGCUUUAUCGUGUGUAAGAAAAGGACAUAGCAGUUGAAGUGUUGGUUGGGUGUUUGGUUCUCAAUCUCACGAGAUAACUUUGUGUUUCUUGUUGCUCCCCCCACAAGAAAGUUUUCUUUCUUCUUCUUGUGACUUCUUCGCCUAACCUAUUUUUCCUCGAUUUAAAACUCUCUGAGGAAGCAGAGGAAAGAAGAACAAAAAAUAAAUAAAACAUCAAGGAUAACUAUGGAAGCAUCAUCUGAUGAUGAGAAGAGACCUAUGGUUGACUUGGUCAAGGAUAAAAAUGGAACCGAUCAGGUUCUUCUCCAGAAUCCUAAAGGCGCUUCUGUAAAGAUUAGUUUACAUGGAGGACAAGUUCUUUCUUGGAAGACUGAGAGAAAUGAUGAGUUGUUAUUCACAAGUGCCAAGGCUAACUCAAAGCCUCCCCAACCGGUACGAGGAGGAAUCCCUAUAUGCUUCCCUCAGUUUGGAACUCGAGGAUCACUUGAGCAACACGGCUUUGCAAGAAACAAGAUGUGGCUUGUGGAAAAUGAUCCACCUGCUUUACCUUCAUUCGACCCAACCGACAAAGCCUACGUGGAUUUGGUACUUAAAUCCUCUGAUGAAGACACAAGAAUGAUCUGGCCUCACUGCUUUGAGUUUCACCUGAGAGUUUCAUUGGGACUAGAUGGGAACCUAACGCUGAUUUCACGAGUCAGAAACAUUAACUCAAAGCCUUUUAGCUUCUCCAUUGCUUACCACACUUACUUCUCCAUCUCUGACAUCAGUGAAGUAAGAGUUGAAGGACUUGAAACUCUUGACUAUCUUGAUAACUUGCUUGAUAAAGAGCGGUUUACUGAGCAAGGCGAUGCACUAACCUUUGAAUCCGAGAUCGAUAGAGUGUACUUGAACUCUAAAGACGUGGUUGCUGUUUUUGACCAUGAGAGAAAACGUACUUUCCUCAUUGAGAAAGAAGGUCUACCUGAUGUUGUGGUGUGGAAUCCAUGGGACAAGAAAGCUAAAGCAUUGCCUGAUUUGGGAGAUGAAGAGUAUAAGCAUAUGCUUUGUGUUGAUGGAGCAGCCAUUGAGAAACCAAUCACCUUGAAACCGGGUGAAGAAUGGACCGGGAAAUUGAGUCUUUCACUUGUCCUUUCCACCUGAAAACCGGUACCGGUUAUCUUCAACCGAUUGAUUCUCUUAUUAUUAUAUUUUUCGGUACAGUCUACAGAAGAUCAUCACAGUGUGUGUGUGUUGAUUCUUUGGUAUCAAAUCCUGAAUAUUAAAAGGAAGCCUGAGAUUUGAAAAAUGUCACCCGUUUUUUGGUAGUGACAUGAUCCUGGUUUUGUGCGAGAUUUAACUUGUGUAUGAAAAAGAUAAUGAAGUUUGUAUUUUUUUAAUUUGAUAAUUUAAUAAAGUUUUCGUUUUCAU